UAAUUGGCUGGCUGAGCACUAGUAAAGCAGUUCAGUUCAGCAGCAAGACACGCAAGGCAUCGGGAGGGGAGCAGCAUCCGUGGCCACUGAUGAGCAUAAACGGAGGAAGUGCCAAGCAGCUUCACAGGGAGAUGGCUGAGCCUAAGAGCGAUUUCUUCAGCAACAUAUGCGGUUCAAAUGAUUCCAACGUGACAGCUGCACCUUGGGCAGGCACCAGGGAAAUGGAAGACUACAGUAGCAUCGUCCUCCCUGUCAUUUUUGGCAUAAUUUGCCUGGUAGGCACUGUAGGGAACAGCAUUGUGAUCUACACCAUCACCAAAAAACCUAAGAGAAACCACAACACUGCAGAUGUCUUCAUCAUGAGCCUCUCCAUCACAGACCUCCUGUUCCUGCUGGGCAUGCCCUUGCUUAUCCACCAGCUCCUAGGGAAUGGGGUCUGGCUUUUCGGGGCUACCAUGUGCACCAUCAUCACUGCUUUAGAUGCCAACAGCCAGUUCGCCAGCACAUACAUCCUCACAGCAAUGGCCAUCGACCGCUACCUGGCCACAGUACACCCCAUCCGCUCUGCCUACAUGCGUACCCCCUGCACAGCUGCCAUGGUGAUCUUGCUGCUCUACCUGCUGUCUCUCCUAACCAUUGUGCCGGUGUUCAUGUACACCCAGCCCAUUGCUCUGCCUGGCAGCAAAGCUGGGUGUGGCAUCAUCCUACCCAACCUCUCAGUUGAUAUCUAUUGGUACACGCUGUACCAGUUCUUCCUGGCGUUUGUCAUCCCGCUCUCAGUCAUCUGCAUUGUGUAUUUGAAGAUACAGAGGCACAUUUCACGCAUGGUGCUGCCGCUGCCCCAGAGAAACUUCCGAGCCAGGACUAAGAAGAUCAUGCGGAUGGCAAUAACCAUCUGCUCCGCCUUUUUUAUCUGCUGGGCGCCCUAUUAUAUCCUGCAGUUGGUCCAUCUCAAAGUCACCCAGCCCUCCAUUAUGUUCCUCUAUACCUAUAAUGUAGCUAUCAGCUUGGGUUAUGCAAGCAGCUGCAUCAACCCCUUCAUAUACAUUGUGUUGAGUGACACUUUUCAGAGGAACCUGGUGAAGGCAAUCUGCCCGGACCAGCAGGCCAGAAGAGGUGACAGACACGCCACUGGGAAAAUCAGUCCCUCUGUGAAAAUAAGUCCUGAGCCAAACCAGGAGACCUAUCUUAGCAUGACAUACUCUCAUAAUAUAGACAAUUGUCUCUCUCUCUCUGUCUUGGUUCCUUAGAGGUAACCCGCAUGACUUAGCUGAGUGAUGGCCAGGUGGUACAAAUAGGUGUCAAAAAGUUUUGAGGUUGUAGACACCAAGCAGCAAAAAGAAGGGGUUAGCCUUGUCUUAGGGCACACAACCAGGAGUUAUAGGGUGAACAGGAGCAGAACAUCUUUUAGGCUGACUAUAAAGAAUUCCUUACCGUGAGACCUACUCCAGGGUGGGAUGAUAGUUUUGUAAGGGAUGUACUGGAAACCCCAUUGCUUGAAUCACUGCUACUAAAACCUGACUUGACAAAGCCCGCAAGAGUACAUUGAAGGGAAGGAUUCAGGACUGGCCAACGUCGCUCUUAUCCACCUUUAAGGUCUCUGGUUCUGUUGUUACGAAGCUGAAGCCCCUUGAACACCUCACCUGGCUUUGGGAAAAGUGUAUUUUUCUCAUGCUGCUCCCAUUGGUGGCAGGGUGACAUGCUGAUUUCUCACUGGCUUGAGCUAUGUGUAUUUUUAAUCUUCUGGGUGGUUAACAAUGAGAAAUCCUGGAAGUUGACUGUCUGGAUGACAUCAGUCUGUAAGCUUAGAGUUACAGCCACAGUUGGUGGUACUAAGAUGACCAGCAUAUUGGGACAGAGAGCAUGCAGAUCUAAUAGAUAAAACCAUUGGCAUUGUUCCAACUCACUGGGGAGGGAGCAGAAAGAAAUGGCUUUAGGUAUCUAUUAUAGUACGGUGGCUUCCUUUUUAUAACAAGAAUUCUUUAAUAUUUAGUAAAUGUGUACUAGCUGCAAAUAUGCAAGCUCAAUAGAUUUCUCACAAACUGUAACUAUCUUCAUUGUUAAAUAUAAUGCUUGUGCGUCUACGACUCUGUUCUGUCACCCUCUUUCCCUUUGAGCAUUAGUGUGUGGUCUCUUCUCUUCCUUAUCCUCAUUAUGUUAUCAGAACAAAGCCUCUCUCCCUGUCCUCAGUGGAUCAUGUACCCCUCAGUCACUGAAAGUAUGUCUACAUUUCGACUUUGUUUGGUGGUGUGUAU